GUGAAUGAAAUUUACCACGAUGAAUCCCUGGGUGUUCACAUAAAUGUUGUGCUGGUCCGAAUGAUCAUGUUGGGGUAUGCGAAGUCCAUUAGCUUGAUUGAAAGGGGGAACCCCUCGAGAAGCUUGGAGAACGUUUGCCGCUGGGCGUAUCAGCAGCAGAAGUCGGACCCGAAUCACUCUGAGCACCACGAUCAUGCCAUCUUCUUAACCAGGCAAGAUUUUGGGCCUGCUGGUAUGCAAGGCUACGCUCCCGUUACUGGCAUGUGUCACCCAGUCCGGAGCUGUACUCUCAACCAUGAGGACGGGUUUUCAUCAGCUUUUGUUGUUGCUCAUGAAACUGGUCACGUGCUGGGAAUGGAGCACGAUGGGCAAGGGAACAGAUGUGGGGAUGAGACGGCAAUGGGGAGCGUUAUGGCUCCCUUGGUGCAGGCUGCCUUUCACCGUUACCACUGGUCCCGAUGCAGCGGCCAAGAGCUCAAGAGAUACAUCCACUCUUACGACUGUCUUCUUGAUGACCCUUUCGAACAUGAUUGGCCCAAGCUUCCUGAACUGCCAGGCAUCAAUUAUUCCAUGGACGAACAGUGCCGCUUUGACUUCGGUGUCGGCUAUAAAAUGUGCACCGCGUUCCGAACCUUUGACCCCUGCAAGCAAUUGUGGUGUAGCCAUCCAGAUAACCCAUAUUUCUGUAAGACUAAGAAAGGACCACCACUCGAUGGGACAGAAUGUGCCCCUGGAAAAUGGUGCUAUAAAGGUCACUGCAUGUGGAAGAACGCUAACCAGCUGAAGCAGGAUGGCAACUGGGGACCCUGGACAAAAUUUGGCUCCUGCUCACGGACCUGUGGAACUGGGGUUCGCUUUCGGACACGCCAGUGCAACAAUCCGAUGCCCCUUAAUGGAGGUGAAGACUGUGCUGGUGUCAAUUUUGAGUUCCAACUUUGCAAUACCGAGGAGUGUCCGAAGCACUUUGAGGACUUCAGAGCGCAGCAGUGUCAGCAACGCAAUUCCCACUUUGAGUACCAGAACAGCAAGCACCACUGGCUGCCAUAUGAACACCCUGACUCUAACAAGAGAUGUCACCUGUACUGCCAAUCCAAAGAAACUGGAGACGUUGCUUAUAUGAAACAGCUGGCACACGAUGGGACUCGCUGCUCCUAUAAAGAUCCUUACAGCAUCUGUGUUCGUGGAGAGUGCGUGAAAGUGGGUUGUGACAAGGAAAUCGGCUCCAAUAAGGUUGAAGAUAAGUGUGGCGUCUGUGGCGGGGAUAACUCUCAUUGCCGGACUGUGAAGGGAACCUUUACCCGCACUCCCAAAAAGCUUGGGAAGACAAGAGGAGCGUUUACAUUGCCCAAAGGAGCUCGCAAUGUUUCCCUUUCUGAAACAAAGGAAUCUAAAAAUAUGCUGGCGAUUAAGAACCAGGCUACAGGACACUACAUCCUGAACGGGAAAGGGGAGGAGGCCAGAUCCCGAUCUUUCAUCGACCUGGGCGUGGAGUGGGAGUACAACAUCGAAGACGACAUCGAAACUCUCCACACCGACGGGCCCUUGCACGACGCAGUGGUGGUGCUGAUCAUUCCUCGGGAAAAUGACACGAGAUCUAGCCUGACUUACAAAUACAUCAUUCACGAGGAUUCAGUACCAACUAUCAACAGCAACAACGUCCUACAGGAAGAAAUAGACACCUUUGAGUGGGCGUUGAAGAGUUGGUCACAGUGCUCCAAACCCUGUGGUGGAGGGUUCCAGUACACCAAAUACGGGUGCCGCAGGAAAAGUGAUAACAAAAUGGUUCACCGCAGCUUCUGUGAAGCCAGCAAAAAGCCAAAACCCAUUCGUAGAAUGUGCAAUCUUCAGGAGUGCACACAGCCUCUCUGGGCAGCAGAUGAGUGGGAAUACUGCACAAAAACCUGUGGGAAUUCAGGCUAUCAGCUCCGUACAGUGCGUUGCAUUCAGCCCCUCCACGACGGUGCAAACCGCUCUGUCCAUUUCAAGUACUGUAGUGGGGAUCGCCCCGAGAGCCGCAGGCCGUGCAACCGAGUACCGUGCCCUGCGCAGUGGAAAGCCGGACCCUGGGCGGAG